AUGACCAUUGACAACAUGAAAGUAUAUUACUCGGGAAAUUCUGAUAGCCAGCACAGGAAUGGGGUAGGAAUAAUUUUAGAUGAGUAUGCUACCCACAAAGACCAAGAAGAAAUAGGAAAAUUUUAUGAAGAAUUAACACAAGCAAUAGGAACCUCAAAAAGCAGAGACAUUAUUAUCAUCAUGGGAGAUUUUAAUGCCAAAAUAGGUGAAGGAAGUGAAGGUGAUCUUAUUGGACCUUUUGGUUUAGGAACAAGAAAUGAAAGAGGAGAUUUGCUGUCACAAUUUUGCCAGGAAAACAAUCUGUCUAUUACAAACACAUUUCUUAAACUCCCUAAACGAAGACUUUAUACUUGGAAAUCACCAAGAGACUGUAAUGAAGAAGUUUGCAGAAAUCAAAUCGAUUUCAUACUUAUAAACAAGAGGUACAAAAAUUCUAUUCAUGGUGUGAAAACAUAUCCAGGAGCUGAUAUAUUUUCAGAUCAUAAGCUUUUAGUAGCAAAGUUCCAUGUGAAACUGAAAGCCAUACAAAAGAAACAAGAGAAGGACUAUAUAAAUACAACUAUUCUAAGAGACCCCUUGACUAAACAAAAGACUUCUGAAGAGAUUAAUAAGGAAUUAGUUAGGAUAAAGAAUAAUCAAACAGAAGACAUUGAUGGCAAAUGGGAACCUAUAAAAGACACAUUAAAUAAUGCAUGUAAAAACACAAUGGCGACCAAACACGACAACAUGAAAAAGAAGUGGAUGACAGAGAAGAUAUUACAAUUGAUGGAACAAAGAAGAAUACUUAAAAAUAGAGAUGAAAGUGAGUAUAAAAGAUUACAUGCAGAAAUACAAAAAGAAACACGACGAGCAAAAGAAGAAUGGUACAAGGAACAAUGCUCUGAAAUUGAGAGUUAUGAAACAAGACAUGAUAGUUUCAACUUACACAAAAAAGUUAAAGAUUUAGCUGGACUUAAUAAAAAGAAAAGUACAAGUUUAUUGUUAGAUAAAAAUGACAAAAUAAUUCCUGAUGUUAAAGGUAAACUGGACAGGUGGACAGAAUAUGUCAAAGAACUAUUUGAAGAUACAAGAAAAGAUCAAAAAUUUUAUGAUAACAUGAUCGGAGAACGAGGACCAAGCAUAUUGAAAGAAGAAAUAUUACAUGUUAUCAACAAAUCAAAGACAGGAAAAGCCCCUGGACCGGAUAAGAUACCAAAUGACAUCCUGAAACUCAUAGGAAUAGACCAUAUAGAUAUAUUUGCAGCUCUAUCAGAUGAAAUAGCUGGCAUUAAAGUGAAUGGGCUAAACAUUAACAAUGUUAGGUUUGCUGAUGACACUGCACUACUAGCUGGAAACCUCAAAGAUCUACAAUUACUUCUUGACAAAGUCGCAGAAAAAAGUGAAGAAUUUGGCUUGACUCUUAACCGGCUGGCGGGCAGCCGGCGCGUCUCGCAGCUGCCUGCGCCGGAUUACGCGGCCGCAGUAAACAGCGCGGCGCGGUGCUGCGCCGCGCCGCACCGGCGCUACUAUCGCCCCCCGGCGGCGUCCACCGCAGCGGCGGCGCGCUAG